AUGUCUUGGCGACUGGUAGUCCUGGCCGGGCUGUUGAGCGGUACAAGUGCCGCCGCCAACCUCGUCCAACACGAGCAUGUCCCCCAGCUGCCCGGAGGAUGGGCUCGGAUGGACGCUUCACCGGACCCGGACCAACCCUUCAGACUGUCGAUUGCCUUGAGACAGCCAGAGAUUCGCCAACUGGCCUCAAAGUUUGCCCCCGGCUCCCGCCAUCUCUCCCUGGACGAGGUCCGUACGCUGCGGGCGCCCGACCAGAGAGAUGCCGCCGCCGUCCUCGACUGGCUCCAUGAAAACGGCAUUCACGACGCCGUGGCCAAGGACGACUGGAUCCACGUCGCCGCGACCAUCAGGAGCGCCGAGAGCCUGCUCGGCACCCGGCUCCAGCGCUACUCGUUCGACGGCAAGGUGUCCGUCGUCAGAGCCCGGCAGUACUCGGUGCCCUCACACCUGUCGGGCGCCAUCAGCUUCAUCGACCCCGUCUCCAACUUCAUGACGCCGCUGCGGGAGCCCAUGACGCCCAGGCCCGUCCGGGCGGCGCGCGACCGACGCGCCGGGGCUGCCUGCUCGGGCACCGUGACGCCCAAGUGUCUCGGCCGGCUGUACAACAUCCGCUACAGGGCCCCCGGCAACUCGUCCAAGGUCCGCCUCGGAGUGAGCGGCUACCUGGAGGAGCACUCCAACCACGCGGACGUGCGUGACUUUCUCGAGGCCGAGGCCCCCGAGCUCGCCGGCUACGACUUCGGGGUGGAGCUGGUCAACGGCGGCAGCGACCCCCAGAACCGCUCGACGGCCGGCGGCGAGGCCCAGCUCGACCUCGAGUACGCCAUGGGCCUCGGGUUCCCGUCCCAGGUGACGUACUAUGCGACGGGCGGCCGGGGCGACAAGAUUGGCGACGACGGCAGGCCCGUGACGGGGGACCGGUCCGACAACGAGCCGUACCUCGAGUUCCUCCAGGCCCUGCUCGACAAGCCGGACGGCCAGGUGCCGCACGUGCUGUCCGUGUCGUACGGCGACGACGAGCUGUCCGUCCCCCGGCCGUACGCGGAGCGCGUCUGCAGCAUGCUCGGCCUGCUGACCGGGCGCGGCACCUCCGUCAUCCACUCGUCCGGGGACGGCGGCUCGGCCGGCGGGCGCGUGGGCAACUGCCGCACCAAGGACGGCACAAACACCAAGGUCACCAUGUCGACCUUUCCGGCGUCGUGUCCGUGGGUCACGGCCGUCGGCGCCACCAGCAACCACGCCGAGCCCCCCCCGGGCGCCGCCUUCAGCUCCGGAGGCUUCUCCCACAUGAGGGCCGUCCCGGACAUCUCGGCCGUGGGGACCAACUUUUUGGUCAUUGUUGGCGGCCGCCGCAGUCUCCUCGAGGGCACCAGCGCGAGUGCGCCCGUCUUUGCAGCCAUGAUUUCCCUUGUCAACGACGCCCGCCUGCGAAAGGGGAAGCCGUCUCUGGGGUGGCUGAACGAGAUCCUGUACUCUGACAAGGUGGCGCCUCUGCUGCAGGACAUCACCGCUGGCCAGAGCUACUCGUGCACCUGGGACGGCGACAGCCCCGGUGGAUGGCCGGCCAAGCAAGGGUGGGACGCAAUCACCGGCCUCGGCGUGCCCAAAGACUUUGCCAAGCUGCUCAAGGUUCUGGAGGAGGUGUGA